AUGGAGCCUGGACAUCAGUUAGUGGACAUCCGUAAUGAGACGAUGCGUGCUGCACGUAUUCCGACGACGAAUGCGCACGGCGAGCAGUUCUUAACGGACGACCAAUUCGCGGCGGUGGCGGCCAAGUACCGGAGCGAUGACGGCCGUUUCGUUGCAAUGACUUGCUACGGUGCGGUCCCGGUGCCGGAGGAGUUGAUGGACACUGUGCCAGAGCAGUUCGAGCAGGAGCCGAUCGUGAGGGAACAGAGGCACUUUAUUGCGAAGCAGAAGACGGAGGAACGGCGCUGCGAGGUGGACUACGUGCAGCAUCAACACCACUUCGUGGAGGUGGUAAAAGGCGGCGUAGUGAACAAGUUGAUCCCAACAGGUGGCGACCGCAGGAUUGAGAUACCCAAGUACACUUACACGGGUGUGGUCCACGACAACAUUAUUGAGGUACCGCAGGGCACCAAGUACGUAGAGGUGCCGCUGGAUGUGUUUAUGAAGAAGCCACCCAAGUUGGUGCCUGUCGUAAAACCAUUUGUUGUACAACGGAAUAUCGAGUGCACCAAGCAUAUCGUCCAAGAUAAAAUCAUCGAAGUGCCCAAGGUCGUCAAACGCUCCAUCCCCAAACAUGUCACGAAGGAACUGCCCUUCGUCGUCCCCAAGUACGUGGAGGAAGUCAUCGAAGUGCCUUUCAAACCGGGGGUCGCGCUACCCAAGGCCACCGGCACCCGGCACUCCGAAUUGCCUCCUACACCACCGGGCUACCAAGCCAUCGGUGUGGGCACGAACCUCGCCUCACCCGACGGCAGACCACUCGUACUCGGCAUUGACGGAUCCACCCUCUUCUUCGCCGACGGCUCGCCCUUCCUCGACUUCCAAAACAGACCGUACCAAAUUUCCGCCAAUGGACAAGGGUACGUCGAUGCUGACAACAACCUUUAUGCCGCCAACACCUUCGACAACCCCUCCGCCGGUACGCCCGUCUAUGUGCCCGCCAAUCAAGCAGCUUUGGGUUUGCUCACUGGCAUGACCCCAGGAAUGACCCCUGGCAUGACCCCAGGCACCACUGGAUUGCCCCAGUUCGCUCAGAGCACGCCGGCCGGCCAGAUACCCGGCGGCCAGUUCGCAGGCAUCAGCACCUCCGCCCAACCCGGCUUCCCCGCCGGCCAAUUCGGAGCUGGAGGCCAAUUUGGAGCUGGAGGCCAAUUUGGAGCUGGAGGCCAAUUCGGAGGACAGUUUAUUAGCGGCCAGUAUGCAGGUGGCCAAUUCCCGAGGGACGCGAACGGGGACGUCAUCGGUCCUGAUGGUGUACACACGAUUAUCAUUCCGCAGGACCAGAAGACAAUCGAGCUGCCAUAUGAAGCGGAGAUCCAGGUCUCUAUGGUUGCUGUGGAUCCGGACACUGGUUUGGUGGUGCACGAGGAGCCGGUGGAGCAGCCACCACAACCCGCGCCUUACCAUCAAAUGCCGAAUAUCCCGCCAGAGGUCCGGGCGGCUAUGCAACUGCAAGCCCAGCCAGGCAUGCCCCCCUUCGGCCAGCCUGGUUAUGGGCAGCCCGGUUAUGGGCAGCCCGGUUAUGGUCAAGCCGGGUAUGGCCAGCCUCCAUACGGACAGUCUCCCUACGGCCAGUCUCCUUUCGGGCAAUCUCCGUUGGCGGGAAGUCCUAGGUCAGGUGUUCGGCCAGGGGCGGCCAGUCCUGGUAUGUCGUUGGCAGCGCAGCAGCAAAGGGCGAAGCAGCUCUUGGCCGCAGAUGGUCCAUCUCCCGUGGGUCAGCAGGCGACGGGUGCGGACAUGACGUAUUUCCCGCCGGUGAUGUUGGGAACUACUCCGGGUGGUGGGCGACCAACACCAGGUGCCAGUCCGAGGUCUGCCACGGUGGUCUCAAACCCGCCUUCGGUGCGCCCGUCGGACGCGGUGACUCGCGUAUCUGGGAACACGUACACAGUGAACGAUCCGGACAUGCUGAUCCGUGACGGGUUCUAUGUCCAGAGCAACUCGCCAUCGGCCAUUAGUCCGGCAGCGCCUUCGCCUUCGGACAGGUACCGUGCAGUGGACCGGUCGGUGAGAGUACCGGAGGCGGACUUCGCAUACGACCCGAACGCGGCGUAUGCGACGUCGAUGGAACCGAUUGUGGAGAUCGACAAUCCCGGGUUGCGCGGGAUCCGGUUCAAAAACAUAGGUGGGCCCGUACAGGUGGUCACGCAACGUGGCGUCAAAGACAUCAACAAGCUGCACUGGACAUGCGGAGACCCCAUCAGCCAGCUGAACGCGCCUUUCGACCAAAAGAAGGUACCCGUGCCCAUCAACCAGGAAACCGGUGAGGUCGACGCCAAGUCUCUCGAACACGUACAGGAAGAGUACCUGAAGCGCUACAACCCUACUUUCAACAUUGAAGGGACUGAACGCAUAGACGAAGGCAUCAACUCCGGCAGACCCUCCCAGAUCUCUAGACCCUCGGAACUCUCCAGCCUGCCCCUACACAAUCUCCAGCCUAGCGAGUCAGGCGGCAUACUUACACCAACCAAAAGCCACCGCAGCAAAAUCUCCACCAACCGCUCCGCAACUAGCACUAAAAACAUGGUUAAAGUCAUCCGCGGGACACCCCGAGGGCAAGGCACACCCCGAGGUGACGUGACCUCACCCCGAGAGGACACGGGCGCAACAGGAGCGGGAGCAGGAGCCACACCGGGUGGAGCCGCAGCGGGAGCCAUGUUUGCCGGAGCCAGCGCGGGAGUGGCAGAUGCUGUGGAGAAAGCCACCCAAAUGGCUAAGGAGGUUCAAAAAGAGAUAGUCCAAACACGCGAGCGAACUGCCGAUGCCGUCAAGGACGCUGCGGGCGCCGCUCGUGAGCAUUAA